AUGGUGAAGAACAUUCUCCGAGGCACCCAGCACCUGGUGGGUAAGGGUCUCUCGCAUGGCCUCUUAGACCGCCCGUCCAGCAUCGGCGCCGUUCAGCCCGGCCCCUGGAGGCUGCCGGCCUUCAUCCUCAACAACUUCCACUGCGAGCGCAAGCAUGGGCCGGACGAAGAUAUGGACCAGGUCGCCAAGGGCGAGCUGAGGGCCGUCAUCCGCCUUUUGAAGGCCUUCGCCUACGAGAAGUGGCUGCCGCUGGGCGCCAUCGAGUAUGCCGUCGAGACUCUCCAGAAGAUCGACGAGGUUGAGUGGGACGGCUGGGACGGGUGCGCUCCCGCCGAGAAGCUGGGGCGUGCGGCCGACCGCUUCGCCGAAGCCGAGAGCGGGGCUAGGCUGGCGAUUGACUCUGAGAUCAUGCCGCAACGUCCGAUGACCUUCGAGACGCUGCAGGAGGCGCAGGAGGAAGCCCGCCUGCAUGGUCCUCGCUGGGAGCUGGUGCUGGUCGACCCAGAGACAUUCCAGAUUCUGUUCCUGGGUGACGACUGA